UUCAUGUUUAUGAUCAAUAAUAAGGUUCCAAAAUAGCUCGACCACCUAAGCCAAGUGACCAACGUGUUCAUAAUACGCGUCAACGAGCAAGGAUCAUGGAAGAAGAACAAAGAGAGCGAAUGGACAGAAUGGAAAGAGCUCAGGAAGAAAUGAGAGAACAGUUAGCAAAGAUGAUGGAAUUGAUGAUGAGUCUCAGUAAAGGAAAAAGAGCGAUCGAAGAGCCAGCUCCGUCAGAAAACCCACCAGCACAAGACAGUGGAAACCAAAGGGAAGAUCCACCCUAUCCCCCAGGGUUCACUCCACCACAUGCCCAAACCUCUCAAAGGGUCCACCCUCAAGUGAUCCCACCCGUCUAUUACAAUGCACCACCCCCGCUAGGCCAUCAACCGAUUCAUGGGCAAUUUGGGCCAUAUUCUGGGAUAAAUCCUGCUGAACCAAUAAAUGUCCCAGAUUUAGACGAUCCAAAAGAGCAAGAAAAACUAAGAAAGGACUCGUCACAAACAGGAGAAAAUGAAAAAGACCAGAAAAAGUAUGAUCUGUUGGAAGAACGUCUUCGUGCUAUCGAGGGAGUUGAUAGGUUUGGUACCAUGGACGCAACCGAGCUAUGCUUAGUGCCGGAUGUAUUGAUCCCUGCCAAGUUCAAGGUUCCGAAAUUUGAAAAAUAUGACGGAACAAAAUGUCCCAUGGCACAUAUUACCAUGUAUUGUCGGAAGAUGGCUGCACAGUCUCACGAUGAUAAGUUACUGAUCCAUUUUUUCCAAGACAGCUUGACUGGGUCAGCUGCUCGGUGGUACGUACAGCUAGAUCGAAACCGUAUUAAGACUUGGAAAGACUUAGCAAGAGCCUUCAUAGCCCAAUACAAGCAUGUGGCUGAAUUAGCCCCUGAUCGGUUGUCAUUACAAACUAUGGAGAAGAAGCAAAGCGAGAACUUCAAGGAAUAUGCCCAAAGGUGGAGAGAUACAGCAGCGCAAGUUCAGCCACCUCUCACUGAUAAGGAGAUGACUGUUUUGUUCAUAAAUACCCUCCGAGCUCCAUUCUAUGAGCGCUUGAUCGGCAAUGCCACGAAAAACUUUGCAGAUUUGGUCUUAUCGGGAGAAAUAAUAGAAGGAGCUAUCAAAAGCGGAAAAAUUGAAGGGCAUGAAGUUGCCAGCUCAAAGAAAGGGAGUACGCCCAAGAAGAAAGAAGGGGAUGUGCAAGCAGUCGCUCACGACAGCCAACAAGCCCACAACUUUAACCCAUAUUACCCGUACCCUCCAUACCAACCCUUCUAUCCGCACAUAGGCAACAUCACACAAAACCCAUAUGUGUACCAACCCGUCCCGCAACCAACAUUUCAAACCAAUGUUCUUCCACAAACUCCACCACCAAGGCCGAUAGCUUCAACCAAUAAUCCUGGCCAUGGUCAAAGAGGACCUAAAACUACCCCAGAAAGACCAAAAUUUGAUCCUAUUCCAGUCCCUUACACUACAUUGCUGCCACAACUCAUAGAAAAUCGACUCCUUGCUCGAACCCCUUUAGAACCACUCCGACCACCUUUCCCGAAAUGGUAUGAUCCGAAUGCGCAUUGUGAUUACCAUUUUGGAAUUCAAGGGCACUCCACCGAGAAUUGCACUGCUUUAAAACACAAGGUCCAAGCGCUCAUUAAGGCAGGGCUUUUAAAUUUUGCCAAAAAAGACAGUUCGAGUGUUGAUGGGAACCCGUUACCUAAUCAUGGAAGACCGACUGUGAAUGCCAUACAUGAAGGGAUGAUUCGAAGGGUGAAAAAGGGUAUUGAUGAGAUUCAAACGCCGAUGGAUAAAGUGUUUGAGGCGUUGUCCAAGAUAAAUGCCAUCACUCCAGAACCCAUCGACACAAAGGAAUUGGGGCAUGAUCUCGCUUAUUCUUGCAAAUUUCAUAUGGGGGCAAUUGGGCAUUCCAUUCAAAAUUGUGAUGGCUUUCGUCGUAAGUUGCAAGAAUUGAUGGAUUCAUCGGUAAUUGAGUUUUAUGAAGAAGCUGAAGAGAAUUUGGUCGGAACCAUAAAUGGAGACACCCCAGCUGAAGUGGCAUCAAGUUCAUUCGGGGCAAACAAACCUAAACCUCUCACCAUCUUCUAUGAAGAAAACAGAAGCCCGAUGAAUGAUACAUCCCCAACUAUGAUCAGAAAUGGUAUCACCAUCGAAGUCCCCAGCCCAUUCCCUUACAAGAGCGAUAAGGCUGUCCCAUGGAAUUAUGAGUGUAAUAUUUUGGGCACAGCUUCAUCCGCCCCCCAAGCAUCUUUUGAAGACCUAACUGGUGUGGGGGGUAUAACGCGAAGUGGGCGAUGUUAUUCCCCUGAGGUAGCAGAAAGAGUCGAAAAAGGGAAACCAGCACAGGGAGAGGGAGGCCUAAAGAAAGCAGAUACCUUUUCCAAGGACCAAGUUGACGAAUCCGUAGUUGCCCCGAACAAUGAGGUCAAAAAUCCUGUCACCGAGAAAGAAGCGGGUGAAUUUCUCAAGUUUAUCAAACACAGUGAAUACAGUGUGGUAGAACAAUUAACCAAGAUGCCCGCUCGCAUCUCGUUGUUGUCUUUACUGUUGAAUUCGGAAGCACACAGGAACGCACUGCUCAAAGUCUUGAACCAAGCUUAUGUGGCACAAGAUAUAUCAGUGGAAAAGUUAGACCACAUCGUGGGGAACAUUACAGUGGGAAACUUCAUUGCCUUUAAUGAUGAAGAAAUACCAUCGGGUGGUCGAGGAAGUAACAAAGCGCUGCACAUUACCAUCAAAUGCAAGGACCAUGCCGUACCUAGGGUCUUGGUCGAUAAUGGUUCCGCUUUAAAUGUCAUGCCUCGCUCUACUUUAACCAAGUUGCCAGUAGAUGUGUCGUAUAUGAGAACCAGCCGCAUGGUUGUAAGGGCUUUCGACGGGACCACAAGGGAGGUGGUAGGGGACAUUGAACUACCGAUAAAAAUUGGCCCUUGCAUUUUUGAGGUCCAAUUUCAAGUCAUGGACAUUGCCCCGUCCUACAAUUGCUUGUUAGGGCGUCCAUGGAUUCAUAUGGCUGGAGCCAUACCAUCUUCCCUUCAUCAAAAAGUUAAAUUCAUAGCUGAAGGCCAACUGAUAAGUGUAUGUGCGGAGGAAGACAUACUGGCUAUUCAACCAUCAUCUGCUCCCUAUGUAGAGGCAACAGAAGAAGUCCCAGAAUGCUCUUUCAGAUCUUUUGAAUUUGUUAAUGCUACUUAUGUGGGGGAAAGGAAAGUGAUACCAACCCCUCGUUUGUCAGUAGCCACUAAAAUGGGAGUUAAGCAGACUGUGGGUAAAGGAUGCCGUGCUGGUUUGGGGUUAGGAAAGAAUUUACAAGGAAUUAACCGUCCUCUGACUCCAAUGAAGAACGAAGAAAGGUUUGGUUUGGGGUACAAGCCUACCAAAGAAGAGAGAAGGAAACUGACAGCUCAAAAGAAGAUUAAAAGGAUGGCUCAACUUGAGGGAAAGGAAGAAGAAUUCGGGGAACGGACAAUCCCACACCUAUAUGAGACUUUUCGCUCUGCAGGUUUCAUUCAUCCCGAAGCGCCACCAAAGGUCAAUCAGGUUCUACGGAUAUUUGAUGAGCUAUCAAUCCAUAUGAUCAGAGAUGAAGAACCUGAUGGGAAGAUCCCUGUGGUGUAUCCAGUACUGCCAGGAGAGGAGCUAAGCAAUUGGACAGCCACGGAACUGCCCAUCAUCUUUAAGUCUUCCAAAAUGCCAAUAAAUACUUGCCCAUACACCCGUCCAACUUUACCUGUUUGCAGGUCUUUAAAUAAUGAACACGAAGACAAUCUAGACAACGAUUUGAAUAUCGAUUUUGAGAUAAUUCCGAACAUUGAUGAAUUGAAAAAUGAAGAGGAGGUGGAUGACUACAGCUUACCCCCUGAUUUGUCGAGAAUGUUGGAACAGGAAGAAAAAGAGAUUUUACCUCAUCAGGAACUCACGGAAAUGAUUAACCUCGGAAAUGGGGAAGAGAAGAAAGAGGUUAAGAUUGGCACCUCGCUGUCAUCCGAUGAACGGCAGAAGCUAGAAGAAUUGCUCCGUGAAUAUGUGGACGUGUUUGCUUGGUCAUAUCAGGACAUGCCAGGUCUUAAUACUGACAUGGUUGUUCACAAGUUACCUUUGGAACCAGAUUGCAAGCCUAUUAAACAGAAGUUGAGAAGGAUGAAGCCAGAGAUGUUGCUGAAGAUUAAAGAGGAAGUAAAAAGGCAAUUCGAUGCUGGAUUUUUAGAGGUGGCUAAGUACCCUGAAUGGGUAGCUAAUAUAGUUCCAGUUCCUAAGAAGGAUGGAAAAGUUCGAAUGUGCGUCGAUUAUAGGGAUUUGAACAGAGCGAGUCCGAAGGAUAGCUUCCCUUUGCCACAUAUUGAUACUCUUGUGGACAACACGGCAAAACAUGCUUUGUUCUCAUUCAUGGAUGGCUUUUCUGGUUACAAUCAGAUUAAGAUGGCACCCGAAGAUAUGGAAAAAACAACGUUCGUGACCAUGUGGGGAACGUUUUGUUACAAAGUAAUGCCAUUUGGAUUGAAGAAUGCAGGCGCCACUUACCAAAGGGCAAUGGUAGCUUUGUUCCACGAUAUGAUGCAUAAAGAGAUAGAGGUAUACGUGGAUGACAUGAUUGCAAAAUCUCAUACAGAAAGGGAUCAUACUGUCAAUCUCAAGAAACUGUUCGAGAGAUUGCGGAAGUUCCAGCUCAAGUUGAAUCCUGCAAAAUGCACUUUCGGUGUAACCUCUGGGAAAUUGUUGGGGUUCAUAGUCAGUGAAAAAGGAAUCGAAGUGGACCCGGAUAAAAUACGAGCUAUUCAAGAGCUACCACCUCCCAAAACGCAAAAAGAAGUGAGAGGAUUUUUAGGGAGGCUGAAUUACAUUGCUCGAUUUAUAUCCCAGCUCACCUGCAAAUGUGAUCCAAUCUUCAAGCUGCUUCGGAAACGAGACCCAGGAGAGUGGAAUGAAGAAUGUCAAAUAGCCUUUGAUAAAAUCAAAGAAUAUCUCACAAAUCCACCGGUGUUGAUGCCACCGACGGUCGGAAAACCUCUCAUUCUGUAUUUGACUGUGAACAAGAAUUCUAUGGGAUGUGUAUUGGGACAACAUGAUGAAACUGGGAAGAAAGAACGAGCCGUAUAUUACUUGAGCAAGAAAUUCAUGGAGUAUGAGUCCAAAUAUUCUGCGCUCGAAAAGAUGUGUUGUGCACUAGCAUGGACCGCUCAGAGGCUCCGGCAGUAUAUGUUGUAUCACACAACAUGGUUGGUGGCGAAAUUAGAUCCCAUCAAGUACAUUUUUGAAAAACCCUGCCUGUCCGGAAGAAUAGCUCGAUGGCAAGUGCUAUUGUCUGAGUAUGACAUUGUGUAUGUGUCCCAAAAAUCAAUCAAAGGGAGCGCCAUCGCCGAUUUCCUUGCAGAUCGAGCUAAUGAAGAUUAUGAAUCUGUAAGUUUCGAUUUUCCAGAUGAAGAUUUGAUGGUCGUCUUGCAUAUAGAAGAGGUUGGUCCCAAUGAACUUAAUCCAUGGAAGGUGUAUUUUGAUGGAGCAUCCAAUGCUUUGGGGCACGGAAUUGGGGCAGUGUUGAUUUCUCCAAAUGGAAAGUACUAUCCAGCCACGGCGAGAUUGAAUUUCAAUUGUACUAACAAUAUGGCGGAGUAUGAGGCGUUGGUAAUGGGAUUACAAGCAGCAAUUGAUAUGAAGGCUGACGCGAUAGAUGUUUACGGAGAUUCGGCUUUAGUGAUAUGUCAAAUGAAAGGUGAAUGGGAAACUAGAGAUCCUAAACUAGUUCCAUAUAAAAAGCUGGUUACAGAAUUAAGCAAACAGUUCAAAGAAAUCAGCUUCAACCAUUUGCCUCGAGAAGAGAAUCAGAUUGCUGAUGCUUUGGCCACCCUCGCAGCGAUGUUCAAAAUAAAAGAGGCGGCCGAUGUACGCCCUUUUGAUUUAGAAGUCCGUGAAGUCUCCGCACACUGCUUGAAUGUUGAAGAAGAGGUUGAUGGUAAGCCGUGGUAUCAUGAUAUCAUGCAAUACAUCAAGCACCAGGCAUAUCCUGAGAAUGUCACCGAUAAUGACAAGCGAACUCUUCGAAGAUUAGCAAUGGGUUUCUUCCUUAGCGGAGAAGUGCUCUACAAAAGGAGUCGAGAUCAAGUACUCUUGAGAUGUGUGGAUGUUGCGGAAGCCAACAAAAUAAUGAAAGAAGUCCACGAAGGAACUUGUGGAGCUCAUGCUAAUGGACAUAUGUUGGCUAGACAAAUUAUGAGAGCUGGUUAUUAUUGGUUGACAUUGGAAUCAGACUGCAUAAACUUUGCUCGAAAAUGCCACAAGUGUCAAGUAUACGCUGAUAGAAUCCAUGCUCCACCAGCCCCAUUGCACGUUUUCACGGCACCUUGGCCAUUUUCAAUGUGGGGAAUGGACGUGAUUGGACUUAUUACGCCAAAAGCCUCUAAUGGACAUCGAUUCAUAUUGGUGGCCAUUGAUUAUUUCACGAAAUGGGUAGAAGCAGCUUUCUAUGCCAAUGUGACACAAAAGGUGGUGUGCAGGUUCAUCCAAAAGGAGAUCAUAUGUCGGUAUGGGCUUCCAAAAAGGAUCAUUAUGGAUAAUGCAAGCAAUUUGAAUGGUGCGAUGGUGAAGGAUGUUUGCGCUAAAUUCAAGAUCAAGCAUCACAACUCGACAACUUACCGUCUGAAGAUGAACGGAGCGGUAGAGGCAGCCAACAAAAAUAUCAAAAAGAUUGUCGAAAAGAUGACUGAAGUUUAUAAAGACUGGCAUGAGAAACUUUCUUUUGCCUUACAUGCAUAUCGAACUUCUGUGCGUACCUCCACCGGGGUAACUCCAUACUCAUUAGUAUACGGUGCAGAAGCAGUUCUACCUGUUGAAGUAGAAAUCCCAUCAUUGAGGGUGUUGAUGGAAACAGAAUUGAAAGAUGCUGAGUGGGUCCGCUCCCGCUACGAACAGUUGAAUCUGAUUAAGGAGAGAAGGCUUGCGGCUCUUUGUCAUGGUUAGAUGUACCAACGAAGGAUGAUGUGAGCAUACGAGAAAAAAGUUCAUCCCAGACAGUUCCGAGAAGGAGAGUUGGUUCUCAAGAGAAUACUCCCUAAUCAAACUCACUUUCGGGGAAAGUGGAUGCCGAAUUGGGAAGGACCAUACGUGGUAAAGAAGGCUUUUUCAGGAGGAGACUUGAUUUUGGCUGACAUGGAUGGGGGAGAUUUGCCUAAUCCAAUAAAUGCGGAUACGGUGAAGAAGUACUAUGCUUAAAAAAAA